AUGGAAAGAGGUCAAGGGGCUAAGUUUACAGGUGUUGAAAACAUCGACAACGACACAACAGAAGCUUUGGCCACCAACCGAAUUGAGAGUACUAUAUUCUCCUGUAAAGCUACAAAACAUCUAAAAGAAGCCAUUCUCAAGCAGGUAGACAACUACACAGAGGACUGGAAACACAGCAGAACCCAGGAGCUUGAGUCAACACCACUGGCAAAGUUCAUGUUCCAACUAGCUGCUGAGAAAGGGGCAAGUGCUUGGUUAACAGCACUACCUUUAAAAGAGUAUGGAUAUCUGAUGAAUAAACAACAGUUCUCAGAUGCAAUAGCUCUCAGAUAUAACCUGAACUUAGAGGAUAGCCCUAAGACAUGUACGUGUGGCCAGAAAUACUCUGCAAACCAUGCGCUCAUCUGCAAACUUGGUGGGGUCAGGUUUCAUGACAGAUCUGUCGACAAAAUGGCCCUUAAUCAGGUGAGUGUCCCUACUGACUUUGGAAGACGGCACAUUGGAGCUCCAAGUGAUGGAGACCUUACCUUCAACCUCGGAGAGGGGGUUAAGACAAUAAAAGCUGACUCAAACAUUCUGUCCCUGAACAGUCCUGUAAUCCAUCACUUGACCACAGAACUUCAGCAGACGUGCCUGGAAGCAGAUGAUUUCAGUAGGGAGGCAGUGGAUUGUUUCAUCGAGGCUUGCUAUACGGGGAAAGUGGAGGCAUUGAACCAGGACAACUUCAGAGACGUGAACAAGAUGGGUCACGUAUUUCAGGUUGACUGGCUGAGUGCCAAAUGUAAUGAGUACUUUGUAGCAUAUGUGGAGGGAUUGAGUAACUGGUCCGCAAGCUACUUGGAUAUUUUGUUUGCGGUAAGUGAGGCACUUUAUGUAGUGAUUGCUAUCAAGAAAAAUGAGUUCUACGAUGUUGCAGUUACGAAGUUGAGCUCCAUUUCUACAUUUGCUAGGAACAAUUUCGUUAAACAGUACCUUCCUGAUAUCACAUCAUCUUCUAAACUUCAACUAGAUUUUUGUGUGGCUGUAGUUAAAUCUGAUGUUCAAGUUUUGGCGGAGCUACUGGCAAAGCAUCUCAAGGAGAGAGGUUAUGGUAGUUUUGGUGAAAACUGCAAAUAUCUUCUGACUCAAAUUGAUUUGCAGAAUUCUGAGGGAAGAGUUCUUGAUAUUCACUCGAAAUUAUUUGCUGUGUUAGAGGAUCUAGAAAGUAGCACUGAUACUGACCUGAAACUUCUUCGAUAUCUGUACAAGCAGAAUUCUAAGCAGAAUUCUAAGCAGAUCGAGCAGCUUUCUGAGAAGUCUCACAAAGACUUAACACUUCUUCACUAUAAAUACGAGCAACUUUCCGAUCAGUACAAGCAGUCUGAAAGCAACUCUAAACUGCUCCAAAACAUGUCAGAUAGUUGUGCCAAGUGCUGCGAGCUGAAGAAGGAGUGCCGGUGUGGAAGAUGUGCCUCCUGUGAAGCUGACAUCGGUUCCGACAACAAACAACUCAUGACUAUCUUCAAGAAACGCAAGAUAUUCUGCAGGCACUGCAACCUUCCCCUCUGUGGAAAGUGUUUGGUGAACAGUAUGUGCAGUAGUUGUAACAAGGUUCAGGACUCGUACAACGCCCUCUGGAGGGAGAUAGACGUCUCGCUGGUCCUGUCUUCUAAGGAGAAGGAUUUUGACAACGCGCUUGACGACAUGAUAACAGCUAUCAAAGAACAAUCUCUGUCAACUGUAAUGAACCUGUUGGAACAUUGCGGCAAAUCCUACCUGGAUAUGGCAGACUCAGACGGACAGACGCUGCUGCACCACGCGGUGAAGACGGCUGACGUGGAGAUAUUACAGUACCUGCUGGACCAGGGCGGUAAUGUGAAUCUGGUGGAUAACGAGGGGUGUUCUCUUCUGCACCAUCUGGCAGCUGGACCAAGGACUCCCAAACAAGGUCAGAUAUGCGACACUCUGGUAAGCAAUGGGAUCAACACAUUCCUAAUGAGCAACAAAAGAGAAACUGCUCUAGCUAUCUCUUUACAAACAGAUAACUUCGAACUGCAAACCCUACUUGAACCCACUAUGUUCAGGGAUAGCAGUGCAAUCAUAUUAAAGUGUCUGAACACGAAGCUGGAUCUGCCAGACGAUGUGUCAGCAUGUCUACGAUACAUUGUGUCUAAAAUAAAGUGCCUCAACCCUUUCGAAAAGAAGCAAAACAACAAAGUUGGCCGCAACAAAUCCAUAAAUUACAGGUCUCUAAAAGACAGAGGAGGAGUAAUUGCUGAAGGAGUUGAUCCGUACAAGCUGAAGAAAACAGUGGCCGACAACAACGAGAAGAUAACUCGGCUAAAGGAAGAAAUACAGACUCUUAGAGAUGAAGUGGUACUCAGCUCCGAGGAGCAUAAAGUUGAAACUGACAGGUUUGAGGCUACUUUAUCCGAAGAAAAGGAAAACAAGAUCGCAGCACUGCUGCAACUGAAAGACUAUUACAACAACACCAUCAGCAUCCUGGAGACUGACUUAUUGGAAGCAAAGACUCAGGAGGAAGACGCCAAACAGGGUUUGGUCGAUAUGUUAGGAGAAGCAUUGAAAGAGGCGAUAACUCGCGAGAAAAUGAUAAAUGAACUGCUGUUAUGCGAAUCUGCUCUCGCAGAGAGCGAACAAAUGAACGUUAACUAUGGAGGCUACAUCAAGAUGCUUCGGACCGGCUGGAGAGAAACAAAACAGCAUCUUAGAGACCUUGAGAUAAAUUCUAAUAGGGCAUUAAACGCGGUGCUGGCUGCAAACAGCGAAAUGGUGAAAUUGAAUAAAAAGCGCGUUAAUACAAUUACCAACAUUCGAGACGUUGUCAGCAAACUUGAAAUGGAUCUGGAGGCCUCGAAGUACAUUGCGGAGGAUGCCUUGCGGGCACUGGAAGAAGUUCUGCAGCUGAACAAGAAGUACAAGCUGUGUUGGGUACCGAAGAGUGUAACACGGAAGUGUGGUAACACGGAGUGCAGCAAGGUCUUCAGAGACGGAUAUUCGCAACACCACUGCCGGUGUUGUGGUCGCGUCUUCUGCUACGAUUGUUCCAUCCAGAGGUUACCUAUUCCUGUUUACGGUUAUGAAGCGCCAGUCAGAAUCUGUUCUUACUGCUACAACCUGCUUAACGAGGAAGUUCUGUGUGAUUUCGACGAGACUGACAUCGACAUCGACCAAUGGAACUCGGUCCACUACCAGAACGAGUCAAACGUUGACAAUCUCGGUAGAAAGUCGUUCUUUAAGUUCGGAACACAGCGCAGCAGGACUAACACAGUAACGUCAGGAUACACCAGUGGCAGUAAGUCAGCUGCAACCAGUGAGUGCGGAAGUGAGGACUCACCUACAACUUCUCUCUCCAGCCAGUCCACCAGUUCUCUGACUUCAGGAAUGGAAGACUGCGCAGAGUCUGUACAGCAGGACAAUGACUCCGAUAGUACGCUCAGUGGCAAUAGUGAGGCUGGGAGUGAGGAUAUUAGUAGUGUACCAGAUCCAAGUAAUAUGAAAAUGGUAGGGAAUCAGUGGAAAAACUUUCAGAAUAUCUUUAAAAAGAACACUCUUUCAAGGAAUUCUUUCAAGCGGUCUUCCAGUUCUUUAAAGAGAUCAUGAUUGCAAACUUAUGGCUUCAAGUUUUAUUAUAGAAAAUAGUUUUCCCUUAAGUUUAAUUGUGGUUAUUAUGAUUUUAAUCGUUCUAUUAAUAGAGGUAUGGUGACUAAUUUCCACCAUGUUAUUGAUCAAUUGUUAGACCUUCAGAAUCUGAAUGUAAUCAAUUAAAGUCUAAAGACGUCAACUUUACAAUAAAAGCUAUUUUUAACCUUUAGAGUAUAGUUUAAUGAGUUAGAGAAGUUUUUUAGUUAGUAUGUUUUAUUUUAUAAGCGUACGUUAUUGUGUGAUUUUGAUGCUACGUUCUAGAAUCAAUUUCAAUGAUUAAUAUAUGCAUCAAUCCUAUGAUUCUAUGAAUGAUGAACCAUGAAGUGAUUUAGGUUUAGUUUAUUUAAAUCAUUCAUAAUGUGUUGUUAUGUUUAAGAAAUAUCAACUAGACACAAUUCAUUUUAAUUGUCAAUGCUUUAUCGUCAGUCUGCGAUUGAAUUGCCAUCCUUGUUUCGUGGCAGGCAGUGAAAGUUAUCAUCAUCUAACGAAUUUUAGCUGAUAUGAAUGGGAACAAUCCGCGACGGAUACAGGAUAGGUGCCUCUCAAUUAAUUGUUAAUUUUAUUCACAAAUUCACCAAAUAAGCCAUCAUCCGGGAAAAGCUUCGCGUUUUUUAUUUUGUUGAACGCAGUUUUGUACGCUUAGCACUGCCACUGGCAGCAUGACCGAUGGUAUAUUGAUUCAACUAGGAUUUAAUUUUAAGUUCAACAAUUCGAACAAUUUAUAUCAAAUUUAGAGUGGUUAUACUUAUACAAUUACAAAUUAAUGAUUGGUUAUUAAUAUUAUGUUAAUUAAUUCAUGAUAUUUUAUAAUGCUAAUGUGUAAUGCUAUUAGUAUUAUGUUGCUUUGAUAGAAUAUAUGGUAAUGGUAUCAUCAUAUCGGACC